GAACAAAAGGCUCAUAUGCCGACGCCUCUGCUGAUAUUAUUCACUGCAAUUGCAUCAAUUAUUAUUGUUUUGACAAUUUUGGGUAAUCUGUUGGUGCUGUGUUUCAAAGCUCGAGUUGGGCGAACUAAUACUACCUUGUUUGUUUGGAAUCUUGGUCUUACGGAUUUUCUUGUUGGUAUUUUUGUAUUACCACUUGGUGUACUUCAUAUUGUCACAAACGAAUGGCUUUUUGGAAGGAUUAUUUGCCGUUUAUGGGUUGCUGCCGAUGUCACAUUUUGUACAUGUUCUGUGGUGACAAUUUGUGUCAUAUCUGCAGAUAGGUAUUUAGCAGUAACAAGGCCGCUACGUUAUAAAACGAUAAUUACAAAAACCAAAGUGGUUUGUAUGAUCAUCAGUAUUUGGGUAUUUUCCAUUUCUGUACUCUUGGCAACAGUCCGGUGGAGCCAACCAGAUGACUUCAAAGAGACAAAGUGUUUUGUUGGGAAUGAAAUUCUAUAUCUGGCCCACAGCGUUGUAUUUGCCUUCUUUCUUCCCGCGGCUGUAACUCUAACAUUGUACUGGAGAAUCUAUGAAUUAGCAAGAAACAGGCAACGAGCGCUUGAUCGAGGUUUCCUAAUGGUUCUCGGUCAUAAUAUGAAUUUCUUAACCAAUACAAUUACUCAGCAAACAACUUUACGUGUACAUACCGGCAAAACUAACGGAAUGUUCGAGCAACAAAGACGAGUUCUUCGUACUCAUGAACGUAUCGCCAAAACACUGGGUGUUGUAUCCUGCUCCUUCUUAUUCUGCUGGUUACCCUUCUUUACGCUAUAUCUUACCAACAAUCACUGUGAGUGUAUACCGACCAAUCUCAUCGAAAUAGCUUCGUGGCUUGGAUACUGUAAUUCAAUGCUUAAUCCAGUAAUAUAUUCCUUUACUAUAAAAGAGUUCAAAAAGUCAGCCAUACGCCUUAUACUACCGCUUUGGAGGCUAUUACACCGUCUUUGCAAAUUCAUUCCAGCACCAGACGACCAUUACGGCCUCCGAAUGUCACGACAAGGUGCUAAAGCACGUUUUCGAUCUCUAGUAAGUUCCAAAUUUGGCCCACCACAUAAACGCGCAUUCAAUCAAAAUCCUAAUUUAUACCGGCAACACCCAACACAUGUACAAAUUGCUUCACAUAAUCGAAUCACAGAAGCCGAUGAAGAAGAAGUAACUUAUACGCGCAGCAAUCUAACUCGAACAUACGGCGGUGCUAAUGAUUCUGGCAGUGAUAAACGGAAACCGAGUGAAAAUGACAUCACCUGUAUCAUGUUGACAAAAAGAGAUAGUAACGAGCACAACAAGAGUUCAAAGUCGUUGAAAAUGCGCGUCAAAUGGUCACAUGAAGACAAAGUGAUUGGCAGGAAUAACAACACGCUUCGAGAAACUGCUUCGACUAGCGCUUUCACAUCAACAAAAGCAGAGUCUGACGCACGUGAAGCAUCAAUUUAG